AUGGCUGAUAAUCUUGUGUUGGACUGGCUAGAUGAAUUUGAGUCAUUAACAGAAAGUGAGAUCCACACGUACUCCAGCGAACAAGAACAUAAUCAUGAAGUCAUGAUAGCACUUUAUAAUGUUUUAGCUGAACCCCAUAAAUACAAAUCUGAUCAUUUAAUUGAGGGCAUUUGUCAACAGUUAUUAAACUUCUACAGAUCUGGUGAAACCCAUUUAAAAAGGUUUACAAUCCAAUUUAUUCCUACUCUAGUAUUUUUACACCUUUCAGAUAAAUCAUACUCUGCAGUCCAAACACUACUAGUGAGUUUAUACAAUCUAGAGGUAAUAGACUCAAAAGGUCAGCCAAGGACUCUAUCCUUUAGGAUACCGAGUAUAGCUCAGUCUUCGAUCUUCCAUGACUCCAACAACUUAGAACCGGCCUUUAUAGCUGAAACUUCCCUUAGGAGAUGGGAAGAAUGUAAUACGAAAUUAGUAAGUUGGGGUCCCCUACCCCAAGUUGAUUGUCUGAAUGCUCAGAACAGGCAACGAGUUGCAACAGCUCUGAUUUUUUUGUACAAUCAACAAAUAGCCAAUGUUAUAAUACAGGGAAUAGAACAUACUUGUAGAGGAAUUUCUAGGUUAAUAACACAAGGAUUCACCAAUCAACCAGACAGCAAUAGGAGUUCAGUAGCUAGCGACAGUAGUAUUCAACACGGAAUUACGCCAAGAGUUCCAGUUUCUAGUCCUCUUUUAAUUGAAUUGCUCCAUAUAAUAUACCAUGCAGCAGAAAGAUGUGCAUCUGGUGGUCUUCAAGCGCUUCAUGAUGUCAUAUAUAGGGCAAAGUAUGAAUCUUACACUGAGGUGCUGUUAGCGGGUAACGCCAUCAAAAAUCUGAUACAAAACUCACCUUCGAUAAGUGGUAGUGCUCCCAGACCGUCCCAUGCCCAUAGUAUAUCAAAAUCUAUGAUAACAAAUGCAUCGUUUAGGACGAAAAAGCUUCCUGAUGACAUUCCGAUUCAAGAUCCCAACCAGACGGCCCAAGGUGAAGCUACGCUGGACUCGAUCACCGAGGAGCAGGAAGAAACCGAAAAGUCGAAGAGUAAAGGGGCUCUGAAGCACCUGACUAAAAUACCCGGUAUCGGUAAGAAGCAUAAAGCGAAAAAUACCCCACACGGCGAUCAGGUCGACUUGGCCAGUAGCGGAGAGGCUAAUAACGAAAAUUUAUCGAUCGAUUCUAACCAUACUGUACACGUUAGUGCUGUCUAA